CCAACGGGGGGUUCAUUCUCUUUAGACUUGUUCCACGUCAAUUUCUACUGUUUUUCGAUGGAAUUUCAAGUUCCUUGAGAUUCAUGAAUUGAACAACUGUCACAGUGGGAAAUCUCAAGUCGAAGGAUAAGGGAAAUAAAGACGAUCAUACAAGAAUGGUGGGAUCCGGAGUGCCUUUGUGACUAGCCGCUCCGCUCAAGAAUUCCGUUCAUUUGAGAACUGGAAAUAGUUCUAGGACAAAUAAAGAAUUUGAGAAGGGUAAUACUGACCUGGCAACGCUUUGUAAGGUGUAUCCUGUGAGCCCUCUGACAGGGCCAGGAGCAGCGCGUUCCGUAUGGGAACUAAGCCCAGAUCCCGACAUGGUCGGGCAUCUACCCAACAAUCCCAUAUCCCAUAACAACGCCCACAACGCUAGUUUAACGAAGAGCCAUGGGACUAGAGGAAGAAAUGGUCCAGAUGAGAAUAUCUAUGCUGAAGAGGCGACACCUGGGCAGGGGCCCACGGCUGAAACCAAGAAAAUCUUCGAACUCCUGAGAGCAGGAGAUACAGAAACGGUAGAGGAGAUGGUGGAAAAGAAUGGUAUGAACAUUUUGAGUGCUAGAGAUAAAUGGGGAUAUACACCAGCGCAUUGGGCUGCUCUCGAUGGAAAUGUUGAAGUGAUGCGUUAUCUUGUUGAGCGCAAUGGACCAGUGGACCUUUCCUGCCUUGGUACCCAGGGUCCAAAACCAAUCCACUGGGCAUGUCGGAAAGGUCACAGUGCAAUCGUCCAAAUUUUGUUAAAGGCAGGUGUAGCUGUCAACGCAGCCGACUUCAAAGGCCUAACACCCCUGAUGACUGCCUGUAUGUUCGGGAAAUUCGCCACUGCCGCAUUCCUCCUGGGCUCUGGUGCUCACGGUCACUUGACCGAUAUCAACGGAGACACAGCCCUGCACUGGGCCGCCUACAAAGGACACCCAGAGCUGAUAAGACUCCUGAUAUACAGUGGAGUAGAUCUUCAGAAGCCUGACUACUUUGGAUCUACCCCCCUGCACCUUGCCUGUCUCUCCGGAAAUGUAAGCUGCGUAAAAAUUCUCUGUGAGAAAAGUAAAAUCGGAUUGGGGCCAAAAGACAAAAAUGGAAAGACUCCCCUUCAGCUGGCCAAGAGCCAUCGACAUUCAGAAGUCGUCGCCAUUCUUGAGAACGAGCAGAAACGUCGAGCAAGAUGGGUACCACCAAUUAAUGAACUUUGGGCACUGCUGUUCGGUGGAGCCGGAAAUAGCAAAGGACCUCUGCUGCUUUUCAUGGGAUCAGUACUACUCUGGGGCUACCCUAUGUAUCUAUUAAAAUGCAUUCCAAUAACUUGGAAUUUGUUAAGAGGAAGUCAUUACUGUUUUAUUUACUGGAAUUUUCUUAUGUGGAUAUCGUGGAUUGUUGCUAACAGACGGGAUCCCGGUUAUGUGCCUCAAAAUACUGAUACUUAUUACAGAGCUAUAAAACAGAUUCCUUACUUCGACAAGUGGACAAAGAGAAACGUUAUUUUAUCUCGUUUAUGCCAUAGUUGUAGAUGCUUCAGGCCCUUGAGAGCCAAGCACUGUAGAAUUUGCAAUCGUUGUGUUUCAUAUUUUGAUCAUCACUGUCCGUUUAUUUAUAAUUGCGUUGGUCUUCGAAACAGAAUGUGGUUUUUUCUAUUUGUCAUGUGCAUUGCAAUAAAUUGUACCUUCACACUGUACUUCGCUUGCUAUUGCAUCGCAAUUGAGGGAUUGCAGUUGAUGUACGUGUUGGGUCUGAUGGAGGCGCUUGUUUUUUGCGGACUCGGUUGGAUACUAACAUGCACAUCAGUAUUACACGCCUGCAUGAAUUUAACGACCAACGAGAUGUUCAAUUACAAAAGAUACUCAUAUUUGAGAGACAAAAGAGGGAGAUACCUUAAUCCUUUCAGCAGAGGACCAGUGCUCAAUUUCAUUGAAUUUUUUCUUUAUCCACCAGAUCAUCAUGCUACAGAUCCACAACAUUAUCAUAUACUUUCCGAGGAAGUUAUGUAAAUUUUAUUAUUGAUGAAAAUGAAACGUAAGCAAUUUCCUCUAUCGCACGCACAAAUUUGCUGUUAAAAAAUAAAGCAAAUCUCCAGAGAAAUAAAUUUCAGCAA